GCCGCAGUAUUUCCGGCAGAGCAUCAUCAAGCUGCUCACACAGAACGCCUACCUGUACGAGACCGCGGGGAUUGCCGCCGUCGUCAGGAUCAAGGGCGACCUGGAGGAGACCUGGAAGAAGCUGGACAAGGAGGACAAGGGCUGGCUCGGGGAGGAGGAGAUCAAGUCGCUCUUGGAGGACAUGUUCGCGGACACGUCCGCCGCCAACGGCGACAAGAAGACGCCGGCGCUGGACUCGAGCGUCAUGGACACUGUGAUCAGACGGAUCGCCCGGUACGGCAACGGCACAAAGAUGGAGGCCGGCAAGAUAUUCUUCGAGGACUUCAAGAAGUGGUACAUUGCGAGCGAGACGCGCAUCAAGGUAGAGGACACGCCUGCGGGACGACGGCGCCUCAUAUGGAUGGUACAGGUUCCCGAGGGCAUCGGCAAGCUCAGCAUGGGGAACAGGAGGCAGUGA